AUGGUGUGAAAUUUAUUGUAAUUACUCGAUCGUGUUCUUUUUAUUAGCUUCCCUGAUCUCUUUCAUUUGUAUUAUCUCUUGUAAAAAAAAUAAAGAAGAAGAAGAAGAAUGGGAAGAGCCCCAUGUUGCUCAAAGGUGGGUUUGCGUACAGGUCCAUGGAGUGCAACAGAAGAUACUUUGCUAACUAAUUAUAUUCGGGUACAUGGUGAAGGCCAUUGGAGAAAUUUGCCAAAAAGAGCUGGAUUGCUUAGAUGUGGGAAGAGUUGCAGGUUAAGAUGGAUGAAUUAUCUGCGACCAGACAUAAAGAGAGGAAACAUUUCUUCUGAUGAAGAAGACCUAAUUAUCAGGCUUCAUUCUCUUCUUGGUAAUCGUUGGUCUCUCAUCGCAAAAAGACUACCAGGCCGAACUGACAAUGAGAUUAAAAACUACUGGAAUUCCAAUCUUAGUAAGAGAGUGGAAACAAGUAGAGUAACUCAACCAAAAGCAGCAAGAGUGGUCAAGAAAAAGAACCAGUCCACCAAUGGCAAGAAACAAAAGAGCAAUAACGACGACAACGACAGUAGUAAUACUGCAAACGAAGAGAUUACGAAGGUGAAAAUUUAUCUCCCCAAGGCAGUCAAGGUUUCCCCAUAUUCUUUUGCAAUUAGAAGCACGGGUUUCGAUAACAUGGGAAGUGGUUCAUCAUCACCUUCCGAUGGGGAAAAAAACAUAAUAAGAUCAAAUGACACAAAUCCAGUUGCAUGGUGGCCUGAUCUUGUCGAAGAAAAAGCUACUAAUUCUGAGGUGGGCGGUAGUUGUCGCAAUGGAGAACCUAGUCUUGCAAAUUAUGGAAGUGAUUUUUCAUUCUUGGACUUUGUUCCUAUUGAAGGUAACAUGCUAGAUGAAAUCAUUGGGGAGUAUCAGCAGCUUCUUAAUUUUGAGGAAGACGUUCAACUAGAUUCCUUUGAGGAUCUUCUUUCUGUUUAAUAUAUUAUAAUGUAGUUUGGAGUGAU